AUGGCUGAUCAUGUCUUCAUGCGCGAAGACUAUCAUACAAAAGUCAUCAGAAAACACUCAUUCGACGGUCUAGAAAGCAUUCUUCAAGAGAAUGAUAAACCGUCAGUUGCACAAAAACCACCUGGGUUACAAUGGACAGCCCGGAUCGCUAUGUCACAUAGGACAGGGAAACCGCAUAGGAUUCGCAUCUCCCAUGCCAGCGAAGAAAAUACCCUUAGAAAAGCACCUGCCAGCCUGGACACAUUGGUUCAAACGAAGAUAAUGGGCAGUUCUGGUCCGUCGACACAGAGAUACCGAUCCUUGUGCGGUGCAUGA